AAAAAAAAAAUAGUUUUUUUGGAACAGUUAUUUUUUAUUUUAAAACAUAUUCUUGUUUCUGUAAUUGCCUUGUUUUCUAUAUUUUUUUUCUUACCAUAAUGUUGAGAGAAUCAGUUCAAUCCUGGCCACAAGAUCCUUGGCCUCUUUUAGACAACACCGCCAAUUUAGAUACAAACACGAAUUCUUUUGACUCGGCUUCAUUUCUCAAUGCAGACCAUGUACUUCAAUUACAAGACUUGUUUGGUCAAGAUCAAUUGGAUUUUGACGGUGAUACCUCACUUUUAUACGACGAAUUUACUUUUGUUCCAGAAAGCAAUAGCGUGAAUACAAUCGAACCAUCCGACUUGACUCACCACUACAUGGAAACAAACACGAAACGACGCCGCAGCAGCAGCAGUUGUAGUAGCAGCAGUAGUGGUAGUUCUUCCGGUUCUUCCUCCGAAGGAGAAGAAGACACGCAUGAUUUCUCUUCCAUGACACGAGAUGUUAGUGAUUCCUCCGACGACGACGAACAAGUGAAUACACCAUCCCCUUACUUGCACCGUCGUCAAAUGGAAGAACUCAUUCUAGAUAAAAUCACCAACCAUUUAGACGCCGAGAAAUUACCAGGCAUCUUGACCAUCAUUUCAAAAUCUCAACCUGCAGAGGAAGAAGAAGUGGAAGAAGUCGAGAUUGAUUUAGCUAAAUUGGAUAGAGAUCAAUUGGUUCGCAUUUUAUCUUAUGUCGAUGCUUGUUUAACCGAGAAAAAGGGUGGUCCCAAAGUGAUAUUAUCGGAUUAUACCAUUCAAAAACCAGUCUCCUUACUACCACCUCCUCCACCUCCACCAGCAUCUGUAUCCGUGCCAUCACCAUCGAAACAAACACGCCGUCGUCAUCGCAACCGUCGUAAAUCAUCCAUUGUGGAGGCAGGUCACGUGGUCAAUGGAUCGUCCGGUCAUGCAAGACUCUCUGCUACACACGGUCCCAUCUCCAUGUCUGCAUUGACAGAAUUUGAAAAAUCAACAGAAUCGGCAGCAGCAGCAUCAGUGGCAGGCAAGAAAAAAGCCGUGAGAAAGAGAAGAGGGAAGAAAACAAACAAGGAUGAAGAUGUUUCUGUACAUAUGGCGAGUAUGGAUGUGAGUUUAUUUGGGGAUAGUAUUGCCUCGACUAAACCCAAGCGACGAACGGCGAUUCAUAAACGAAGAUUAUUAGAAGAGAUGCUUCAACCUUCCAAUAAUGAAUCCUCGAGCGAAGAAGAGGAUGAUGAUGAUGGAAUUAUUGUAUUUGGAGACGAACAAAUGGAUUUAGCAGUGACACAAAAUGAAACCAUUGUUCAUCAAGAAUCACUCAUAUUAGAACCAGUGAUUAUCGAGGAACCCACUGAAGAGGAAGAGGAUGAUGAGUUGAUUGAUAUCAUGAUGUAGACAUUUCUCUCUCUCUCUCUCUCUCCUCCUUAAAAAAAUCUGUAUAUAAGCCCAUCCCCCAUCUCUUUUUAGUAUAUAUCCCCCACCACCACUUUACACAUCUAUUUUUUUUCUUAUUGUAUCUCUCUCUCUUUCUAUUUGUAUUUUAUAAAAUAAAAAUAAACCUAUAUUGUUUGCUACACAUUA